AUGAAAGGUCUUCUCACAAUUCUACUAGGGAUACUUCCGAUCCUCAUCGCAAGCGUGUCCUCCGCACCGAUAUCUGAGUCAGAAACUCUUGAGAAAAGAGGUGUUGCACCCAUAUGGUAUGAAACUGGACCGCGAGUACAAGAUGUCAUACAGCUCAAGGUACUCAAUUGUUGGUGGGCCGCUUGUUCACUUGCCGUACUCAUGUCAUCUCAAAAAUGGAUAGAACAAUUGGUUCGAACAGGUAAUGGGACUUCCAUAAUCGGUAUUGCGUCGCCUAGUGAUUCCACUUCACAAGUCACGGUAUGGAACCCCAAUUCAGGUCAACAAGAAACUUUCACCGCUGACCAUAAUCUGAUUUCACAAACUGAAGAUCAUCCAGAUGGGAAUUGGUGGCAUGAUGCAUUAGGCCAAGGCGCCAAAGCAUUAGGCAAAACAGAUUCAGUAAAUGGUAUUUUAAGUGGAGAAAACCCAGAUUUCGAUCCUAAUUCAGGUUCAGCUAAAACCGGUUUAAAGAUUUUGACUGGUCAUGACACUGCUUUCAAAUUAAAAGAAGAAAUUGAUAUUGGUACAUUCUUUUGGUAUUGUCAACAAGCGGGAGAACGUCACACACCUGUGAUAUUCAACACUGUUCCAAAGGAAGAUAUGGGUACAACAGAACCUCAAUUAGGUCAUGAUCAUGAUUACGCAGUUUACAACGGAACUGAAAAUAGUGAUGGUACCAAAACUAUCUGGGCAAGAAAUAGUUGGGGUUAUACAGAUGGGUUCACGUUAGAAGAGGUUUAUCAGAACAGUCAUCAGCUUAUAUUCUUGCAAGGUCUAGUCAGUCUAGGAGAUGGCCCAUUUGAUGUCGGAAAUCAUACUGGUGGUUCUGGUAAUACAACGACGGGUACCAAUUCUACCAGCACAGCGAGUUCAACAUCACCUUCAAGUUCGUCAGCAAGUACCAAUGGAACAGAUUCUACAUCAAGUGGAGCUACACCUUCAACAAGCUCCACAUCGCCAGGUAGCUCAUCUGCCAUUACCACUCCUCUAAGCAAUCCGUUGCGAUCCACUGAGACCACAUCUACGGCAGCUACUUCUGUAUCUGCACAAUCAAGCGCUACCCAGGAUCCAUCGGCAAGUGCUACUGCUGCACCCGGUAGCAGUUCAGGACCAGGUAACGGGGGGACCACGUCACCUUGGUCUUGGACUUCCCUUCUACCGGGUUGGAGUACCACGUACCCAGCAACCAAAGUCUCCAGAGCGACGAAUGUGUAG